ACUCUUACCAGAAUGAUAAAAACUCUUACCAGAAUGAUAAAAACACUUACCAGAAUGAUAAAAACUCAUACCAGAAUGAUAAAAACUCUUACCAGAAUGAUAAAAACACUUACCAGAAUGAUAAAAACUCUUACCAGAAUAAUAAAAACUCUUACCAGAAUAAUAAAAACUCUUACCAGAAUGAUAAAAACUCUUACCAGAAUGAUAAAAACUCUAACCAGAAUGAUAAAAACUCUACCCAGGAUGAUAAAAACUCUUACCAGAAUGAUAAAAACACUUACCAGAAUGAUAGAAACUGUUACCAGAAUGAUAAAAACUGUUACCAGAAUGAUAAAAACUCUAACCAGAAUGAUCAAAACUCUUACCAGAAUGAUAAAAACUCUUACCAGAAUGAUAAAAACUCUUAUCAGAAUGAUAAAAACUCUUACCAGAAUGAUAAAAACUCUUACCAGAAUGAUAAAAACUCUUACCAGAAUAAUAGAAACUCUUACCAGGAUGAUAAAAACUCUUACCAGAAUGAUCAAAACUCUUACCAGAAUGAUAAAGCUCUUACCAGAAUGA